AUGUGUAUAUUAGAAUCAAUAGAAUAUGAUGUAAUAAAAAAGUAUAUUCUGCUCUCAGUGGGAAGACUCUAAAAUAAAGAUGUCAUACUCUUUACAUUUUAAUCCAUAAAUUAAUGUGAUUCCCCCAAAAAAUACCAGCAGCCAUUUCCAAAGUUUAUAUGGAUCAGCAAUUUCACUUGCAGGCAUUAAUUUACAAUGUCAAAUGAUGUAUGUACCAGGCUGUUUAAUACAGUAUUUUUUAUAACAGCAAAGACUGAAAGCAAUCAAAAUGUCUUUUCUUACAAGAAUGAAUAAAUAAAUUAUGAUACAUUUAUACAAUGAAAUAUUUUUCAUCUAUUAAAAAGGAGGUGGCUUUAUUAUAUGUCAGAAUGGAAUGACUCUUCAACUAUUUUGCUAAGUGAAAAAUACAAGUACAGAGAAAUAUGAAUAGUAUGCCACCCCAUUUGGGCAAAAACGAUACAUUAUAUAUAAUACAAUAUGCAUAAAUGGAGUCUGGGGGAAUAAAUAGAAACUGUAAGAGUGGUUGCCUCCUCAGAGAGAAACUGAGUGCUUGAGGUGGGAUGGUGUGGCAGAUAUAUAUCCAAUAAUUGUUCAACAACCCCACCUAUUCCUUGUCAACAGAAUCCGAAUUUUGUAAAAGUUACAGUGAAUCUUAAUCAGGUAGAUAAAGUAAGGUUGGUUUAAGAUAAUCUUGUUUCUAUUUUUCCAGAUACUUAAUUUUUUAAAGGUGGCAAUGUGAAAUUUAUCACAGGAGAAAUUUAUCAUUGUCAUUUAUAUUGUCCAUCAGAAAAGAUAAUGAAAUGAAUCUUUUGAUUCUCACUUGUAUAUUCUAACAUCAGCAAAUAUAAGUACUAAUGAAUGCUAACUGAAUGCUCAGGGUUUCUUGAAACCUCUAAAUUCUAUGACAAAUAAUUGACCACUGUGACAAUAGAACAUAGGUCAUAAGAGUGCAUUCCAUUACAAUAAGUUGGCAGGAGUUCAAACAGUUCUCUGAAGAUUUGUUUUACUGGGUAGAUUAAAUGGAAAUAUAUUAUCUGUAAUGAAACUUGUCAAAAUGAGAGGGAAUCAACUCUACAAUCAUGGCAUAACUACCUAGGCACUCAGCAUCUCGAUGAAAACUGCUGGAAAAGAAAAACUUUCAGAGUCGUUCUGCCCUCAGAGUAGUCAAGCCAACUAAACUGGUACAGUUAACACUUCUUGAGAAGUGAAUGCCUUGCCUUUGUGCAUCCCAUUUCUAAUGGAGGACAAGAAGUUAUUUUCUUCAAAGGCUGAUUUCCACAAUUUUUGGCUGAACGCUUUUUGUCAAGUGUAUAUUCCCUUCUCUAGGCCUUUCUAUAUAGAGCCUACAAACAUCGUCAAUGUGAAUAAUGUCAUUCAGAGGGUUAGCGACCAUGCCUCUGCCUUGAACAAGAGAAUUCAUUACUACAGCCGGCUCACCACUCCUGCAGACAAGGCACUGAUUGCCCCGGACCAUGUAGUUCCAGCUCCUGAAGAGUGCUAUGUUUAUAGUCCAUUGGGUUCUGCUUAUAAACUUCAAAGUUACACUGAAGGAUAUGGUAAAAAUACCAGUUUAGUAACCAUUUUUAUGAUUUGGAAUACCAUGAUGGGAACAUCUAUACUAAGUAUUCCCUGGGGCAUAAAACAGGCUGGAUUUACUACUGGAAUGUGUGUCAUCUUACUGAUGGGCCUUUUGACACUUUAUUGCUGCUACAGGGUAGUGAAAUCACGGACUAUGAUACCUUCGUUGGAUACGACUACAUGGGAAUAUCCAGAUGUCUGCAGACAUUAUUUUGGCUCCUUUGGGCAGUGGUCAAGUCUCCUUUUCUCUUUGGUAUCUCUCAUUGGAGCAAUGAUAGUUUAUUGGGUGCUUAUGUCUAAUUUUCUUUUUAAUACUGGAAAGUUUAUUUUUAAUUUUUUUCAUCACAUUAAUGACACAGACACUGUGCUGAGUACCAAUAAUAGCAACCCUGUGAUUUGUCCAAGUGCCGGAAGUGGUGGCCAUCCUGACAACAGCGCUAUGAUUUUCUACGCUGAUGGCACGGAUAUCCAACUGUUUGAAAAGUGGUGGAAUAAGUCCAAGACAGUGCCCCUUUACCUUAUAGGACUCCUCUUGCCACUGCUCAAUUUCAAAUCUCCUUCAUUUUUUUCAAAAUUUAAUAUCCUAGGCACAGUGUCAGUUCUCUAUUUGAUUUUCCUUGUCACCUGGAAGGCUGUUCGCUUGGGAUUUCAUUUGGAAUUUCAUUGGUUUGCACCAACAGAAUUUUUUGUACCAGAGAUAAGAUUUCAGUUUCCACAGCUGACUGGAGUACUUACCCUUGCAUUUUUUAUUCAUAAUUGUAUUAUUACACUCUUGAAGAAUAACAAGAACCAAGAAAACAAUGUGAGGGACCUGUGUAUUGCUUAUUUGCUGGUGACAUUAACUUAUCUCUAUAUUGGAGUCCUGGUUUUUGCUUCAUUUCCUUCACCACCAUUAUCCAAAGAUUGUAUUGAGCAGAAUUUUUUAGACAACUUCCCUAGCAGUGACACCCUGUCCUUCAUUGCAAGGAUAUUCCUGCUGUUCCAGAUGAUGACUGUAUACCCACUCCUAGGCUACUUGGCUCGUGUGCAGCUAUUGGGCCAUGUCUUCGGUAACAUUUAUCCUAGCAUUUUCCAUGUGCUGAUUCUUAAUCUAAUUAUUGUGGGAGCUGGAGUGAUCAUGGCCUGUUUCUACCCAAACAUAGGAGGGAUCAUAAGAUAUUCAGGAGCAGCAUGCGGCCUGGCCUUUGUAUUCAUAUAUCCAUCACUCAUCUAUAUAAUUUCCCUCUACCACGAAGAGCGUCUGACGUGGCCUAAAUUAAUCUUUCAUGUUUUCAUCAUCAUUUUGGGUCUGGCUAACCUGAUUGUUCAGUUUUUUAUGUGAAAUAUUCAACUGUUUUCUCAAGAUCUUUCAUGGUAUUUUGAACCCUGACAACAGUUCUACAUAAAUUCACUUGUAAAUGCU